AUGGCCGAAGGGUCUGGCGGAGAUAAGCUGCUGGAUGUUAAGCCCCUCACGACUCUAUUGAUUGGUCGGUCGCUUAUAAAGGAGGAGAGAGGGGGCAUUGACGAGCCGAAGCCGCUGAGAUCGCAGCUUUCUUCGCAGGAGAAGAGACCACCUGAGAGACAAAGAUCACCGGCCGGAACCGAUAGCGAUGGCAGCGAUGGCAGCGACUGGAGAAGACACCGCGGGCGAAAAGGCUUCAACCGGCCUUUCCCAGACCAUCUCCAAGCUCCUCUGGACACCGCCGUGGUCAAGAUGGAAUCCGGACGAGAACUUCGAAAUGUCAUGGCCUCUGACUUGCGUGUUUGGAUUUGUAUGAUUCACACACCCUCGACCUUUGCGAUGGCGAUGCUGAUGGUCGAUUUCCAGGUGGCAGCCUUUAGUGUCGCAAAUCUCUACUAUACACAUCCAAUUCUUCACAUCAUAGCGGAGGAUUUUGGAAUUACGGAUGAGCGGGCUUCGCUGGUUCCAACGGUUUUGCAGGCUGGCUAUGCCACUGGCUUGCUCUUCAUCGUCCCCGUUGGCGACAUUGUGCGCCGCCGGCCAAUGAUCAUCAGCUUGGUUUUCGUGACAUCGUUGUUUUGGCUUGGCUGUACUUUGACGAAAACCUUCGAGUCCUUCCUCGGGCUGUCCUAUGUCGUUGGUCUCUUCACCGUCACACCGCAACUCAUGUUUCCUCUGACUGUGCGCUAUGCCCCAGCUCGACACCGACCCACCAUGACCGCCAUCGUCAUGUCUGGGCUCGUCUUUGGAAUUCUGGUGGCUCGAUUGCUUUCCGGCAUUGUGACGGAAUACACAAACUGGCGAAACAUCUACUGGAUGUCGUUUGGCUUGCAGCUUGCAAUUGUCAUUCUCGCCUUCUUGCUGUUGCCAGACUUCCCUGUGCUGCGACCAGGCGCGUCCUAUCCCAGCAUCCUCGUCAAGAUGGUAAAGCUGCCUUUCAAGCAUCCCGUGCUAACACAGUCGGCGCUCAUUUCCUUUUUACUCAUGGGAAUGUUUACUUCGUUCUGGACCACCCUGACGUUUCAGCUCGCGGGGCCGCCUUUCCAUCUAUCGACUCUUGUCAUUGGUCUUUUCGCCCUGGUGGGCAUGUCGCCGGUUCUCUUUAGCCCAAUCUUUUCACGACUGGUUAUGACACGCGUGCACCCGAGCGGCACCUUGAUCAUAGGGCAUAUCAUACUGCUCGCGGCGGUUUGUAUCGGAACCUUUACCGGCACCUUUUCGUUGGCCGGCCCAGUCAUCUGGGCGAGUAUCGGAGACUUGGGCAUGAACAUUGUAACUGUUUCCAACCGAAUGGCGUUUGCAAGCGUGGAGCCAACUGCCCAGAACUCAGUCAACUCAGUGUAUAUGGUAUUCACUUUCUGCGGCCAGCUGUUCGGAACGGCUGUAGGAAACAAGCUGUACGCAAGCGGCGGAUGGAUCAGAAGCGGCUCUCUAUCCAUCGGCCUCAUUGGCGCCGGCCUGCUGCUUGUUCUUGUUCGAGGACCACAUGAGACAGGCUGGUUCGGUUGGUCUGGUGGCUGGGAGGUGAGAACCAAGGUACUGCGCGCGAGAGAGGCGGCGAAUUCAGAGGAAGUAUCUGAAUCUACAGAGCAUCCAUCUGAUGAAGAGGCGGCUAUUCCGCGAGAGAAUGAAGUGAAGGAGAAGUCAUGA